ACAGCAUUCUGCUACUGUUCAUGCUGUCGUCAACAGGUCUUUGUGCGACAAGCUGGUGUUCCGCCGCGGAAACAAACACAAACAGGCUGUGUGUGUGUGGGUUUGCAGCAGGGAGCAGCGCGUUGAGGGAGGAUGGACGACGAGCAGCACGCAGCUGCACAGGUGGUGCAGGCUGCGUGGCGUGGGUAUGUGCAGAGGAAGGACUAUGCGCGAACACUGCGCGCCGUGGUUCGCGUCCAAGCGUAUAUUCGAGGAUGGUUACAGAAGCGAGACUUUGAGUGGAUGCUGGACUUUUUCUGGGAGAACGAGGACACGGUCAUCUAUCUGCAAUCCCUCUGGCGUGGGUACAAGGCCAGAAAGCUCCUGAAGCAGCUGAAGGCGAAACGUGACAGCAAUUCAAGCAACACCGCACAAAAAGACGCAGCUGAGCGGGCUGCUGUUGAGGAGGCGAGCGCAACACGGAUCCAGGCUGCGUACCGCGGGUUCAGUGCACGGAAGACGUAUGCUGCGGAGAAGGAGGCGAAGGCUGCACGUGAGGCAGCAGAGCGGGCUGCUGUUGAGGAGGCGAGCGCAACACGGAUCCAGGCUGCGUACCGCGGGUUCAGUGCACGGAAGACGUAUGCUGCGGAGAAGGAGGCGAAGGCUGCGCGUGAGGCAGCUGAGCGGGCUGCUGUUGAGGAGGCGAGCGCAACACGGAUCCAGGCUGCACGUAGUGCUGCGGAGAAGGAGGCGAAGGCUGCGCGUGAGGCAGCUGAGCGGGCUGCUGUUGAGGAGGCGAGCGCAACACGGAUCCAGGCUGCGUACCGCGGGUUCAGUGCACGGAAGACGUAUGCUGCGGAGAAGGAGGCGAAGGCUGCACGUGAGGCAGCAGAGCGGGCUGCUGUUGAGGAGGCGAGCGCAACACGGAUCCAGGCUGCGUGCCGCGGGUUCAGUGCACGGAAGACGUAUGCUGCGGAGAAGGAGGCGAAGGCUGCGCGUGAGGCAGCUGAGCGGGCUGCUGUUGAGGAGGCGAGCGCAACACGGAUCCAGACGUAUGCUGCGGAGAAGGAGGCGAAGGCUACGUGUGAGGCAGCUGAGCGGGCUGCUGUUGAGGAGGCGAGCGCAACACGGAUCCAGGCUGCGUACCGCGGGUUCAGUGCACGGAAGACGUAUGCUGCGGAGAAGGAGGCGAAGGCUCCUCGCACGUAUGCUGCGGAGAAGGAGGCGAAGGCUGCGCGUGAGGCAGCUGAGCGGGCUGCUGUUGAGGAGGCGAGCGCAACACGGAUCCAGGCUGCGUACCGCGGGUUCAGUGCACGGAAGACGUAUGCUGCGGAGAAGGAGGCGAAGGCUGCUGCGUGUUCCGAAUACAUUGAAGUAUCGGGUGAAGAGCUGUCAUCUAUGCUUCAGCAAUUAUCACCCGGAGACACUGUGGAUUCCCCUGCGUCACCUUCUCAGUCUCGCUCCAUCCACAAUGACGGCUUCAACCUUGCCCCUUAUGCCGUGGACGAAGUGACCACCGCCGUCAUUAUGAUUCAACGGCACGUGCGUGGUUUUCUGACACGCAAGUUGUACAACAACCUCCGUCUUCAGCCCGAUGUGAACACAGUGAAGCGUUUCCUUCAUGUCCUGACGCAAUCGAGCGAAGACUGCGCGCUUGAUGUUGAAGUGCAGAAGCUGAAGUCCGACCUUAUUGUGAAGAUCAACUCCCUCGCAAAGGCUGAGGAGGAGCUGAAGCGUCUGGAUGAGAUGAUUGCUGCCAUCAUCAAGAACCAGACUGGCCUUGGUCAGGCCGCUGCGGCAUCCCAGAGCAUCGCCCGCUCCGCAAAGGCCACCCGAGCAAACAUGGAGUCCUCAGCCGUGCUUGACGCGUACGGCGGCCUGUUGUAUGUGCUGCAGACACAGCCGCGCUACUGGGAGGCCAUGCUGCGUGACAACAAGCCAGGGUACCUGCACUACCUGCUUGACGUCUGCUUCAACCGCGGCAGCUCUGCUCGUGAGGAAGCGUUGCUGCUGAAGGUGUACAGACAUGUGCUCAGCGAGAGCUUUUGGCAUGUGCUUUCUGAGCACCGUGACUUUGACGCGUGGUGCGAUGCCGUGUUGAAGGACCCGCGUGUGGCGUUUGUGUCACAGAGAUUCAUGCGCUCCCUGGACGGCCUUGCCGUUUCGGGCAUUGCGCCCAUCAUUCGCGCGUGGCUGCUGAGCGCUGAGGACGCUGACAUCAUUGGUACGACCAGCAGCAGUGGCGGCGGUGGUGGUGGUGGUGGCAUGCAGCGCCCACGUACCCAGACGAUGGCCCGCAACUACGCCAACGCGCUGUACGGGAUGCCGGAGGAUGUGCGCGGGUGGACGGUUGGCGACGUGGGGACGUGGCUGAAGAAGAGCAAGCGUGCGCACGUUGCCCCGCUCAUGUUCUCGCAGGACAUCAAUGGCGAGCGGCUGCUGGCGCUGACGAGUGCGCAGCUGGGCGAGAUUGGCAUUCGUGACAUGGAGACAAUGUCAUCUCUUGCUGCGGAUCUGAUGGUGCUGCAGGACCACGAUACACGCAUGCACGGCGCGCGCGACGGCGAUGAGGAGGCGGAGGAUGAGCCCGCAUACUACACGCUGGCGAAGGAGAUUGUGUCAUGCCUGAUACACGGGUGGAAGCGGCUUCCGUUUAGCCUGUGCUUCCUUCUUCGGGAGGCGCACGACUUUAUGAAGGCGCAUUUUGGGCAGCAGGCGCACGGAACCCUGAUCCGGUUCGUUGGGCGCCUGUUCGUGCACACGUAUGUGACACCGCUGCUGACGAAAGGCGUGCUGGUGGAGUACCUCGAGGGCACACACCAGCGCAAGUUCCGGCUGACACAGGAGCAGUCGACCAAUCUGCUCACGUGUUGCGACAUCCUGGAGCAUGCGCUUCUCGCUGACGGGGCACCAGUGCCGGCCAACAAGCCUGAGGACGUGCACCGUGCGUUCACUCGCUUCUGCAAGCAGCACUCGCCCAAGCUUGUUGAGGUGACGCGGCGCAUUUGCCAGGUGCGCAGUCUCGAUGACUACUACGGAGUUGAUGAGUACAGCGACAUUGUCACGCUGAGCGAGAUGUGCGUGUACGUGUCACCGGGUGAUAUGCUGAACCUGCACCAGAUGGUGCUGUCCUCGUGCACCAAGGCGUUCCCGACAGACACGCUUCUCAAAGACACGCUCAGCAAACUCCACUCUGACCUGAGCGAACGCACGUCGUUUGUCCUACACAGCAGCAACAGCGGUGGCGGUGAUGCCAAUGCCAACGCCAACAGCGGCAGUCGUGGUGGCAGUCGCAUUGCGUCUGUGCGCUCGAAGCUUCGCCCGUCCCUUCGUCGCGGCGGCAGCAGCACCACCAGCACCAGCAAUGGGCACAGUAGCAACAGCGGUGGCGAUGGUGGUGUUGGUGUCGGCAACACUGAAGGCGCUCAUGCGUUGAGCGAGAGCCCACUGGCUGCAGACACGAUUCGCGUGCCCAAGACAUACGAGCUCGGGUUUGAGGCGGCGGCCGUGCACACGCCGGUUGUGGUGCGACUGAAGGUGUUUGUGCAGCAGUCUGAGGAUGAGCACGGCUCGCGGCUGCAAAAGAUGAUGGCGGAGACGAAGAAGAAGGUGAUUGACCUGCUGCGGAUGGUGCGUGGCCGCACGACACUGAAAUCCGUGCUGUAUGACCCCAUCUCGCCCCGGGAGGAGAUGGCACACCGCGCGUUCACGCUCAACGUGAUGAAGAACACGCGACUGACGGACCAGGCGCGCCGCAGCACCCUGUCCAAGAUUGGUGCGCGCCUGAGCGAGUUGCAGGCGGAGGUGCGGGAGACGCUUGAGGCGGAGCUCAUCCCAGCGGGUCUGGUGUCGCCCGAUGACGACUACAACGCCAUUCUCGCUGCCAUUGUCAAGGACAUUCGCGAACACGCGCUGCUGCGGCGGUUUCGGCGAAAGGAGAAGAGCAAGCUGGAGGCGUCGCGCGUGCUGGCGGAGACAAAGCAGCUGCGGGUGGAGCAGCGUGUUGCGUUUUACGAGGAGUACAUUGAGCAGUGCCGCGUUGCGUUUGGGGAUGACAGCAGCGGCACUGGCGUCGGCAGCGGUGGCAGCGGUGGCAGCGCUCUCGCCGAUCGCAAGAAGAGCAAGCGUGGGCGGCCAGGCAGCAAGCGCCGUGAUGGCGGCGUGUCUGUCAACGUGCAGCCGAGCGCGCGUGGUGGAAGCGGUGUGCUGCUGGGAGGACCUGCAUCGUCACCAGCAUCGCCAGCGUCAACAUCGACGGGAACAGCGACAAGUGCAAGUGCAACAGCGAUUGGAAGUGAUGGCGCUGUGAAGAGCGUUGCGGGCACGCCUGCUGGUGUCGUUGUGCAGGGCGCAACUGCCGUUGGCGGUAGCGGUGCAAGCGGCAUUGUCACAUCAACCAACGCAAGCAGCAGCAACAGCACUGGCGGUGCUGGUGGUAGCGGUGGCAGCCGGCUGUUUGGGAAGCUGCGACGCAAGCACACAGCUCAGGCAGCAGCGAAAGCCCUGGCAAAGAACCGCUUUGGAACGCACCAGUACAGCGGGCAGAAGCUCAAGUCAAAGGGCGUGCUGGUGGAGGUUCACAAUGCGUCACGGCCCCUCAAGGAGAUGACAUUUGAGUUUACAUCGUACGAGGCUGGCGUGUACACGAUUAUUGCGCAAUUGCACCGCGGGUUGUAUGAGCGCUCGCAGGUAACAUGGGACGACCUUGAUGCAAUGCUGCAAAACGGAAACACGGAGCUGACGUCCAUUGAGGGCUGUGAACUCAACGUGAAAGAACUCAUGGCGCUCCUGAAGAAAAAGUUCCAGUGAAGCGUGUGCGUGUGCAUGUGCGUGUGCGUGUGCAUGUGCGUGUGCAUGUGCGUGUGCAUGUGCAUGUGCGUGGGCGUGUGUGUUGUUAAGACGAAUGCAUUCGUGCUUUGGCUUCGGAUAAUUCAACCAAUCUCCCUCUGUUAUGGGAGACGUGCGUGCUUGUGCGUGUGUGUGUGUGCGUGCGUGCGUGCGUGUGUGUGUGUGUGUGUGUGUGUG